AUGAGCAGCCCCCAUGGCGGCCUCGACGACCAGAUCGAGCGGCUCAUGCAGUGCAAGCCGCUCGCUGAGCCCGAGGUCAGAGCUCUGUGUGAGAAGGCAAAGGAGAUUCUCAUGGAGGAAAGCAAUGUUCAGCCUGUAAAGAGUCCUGUUACUAUAUGCGGUGAUAUCCAUGGACAAUUUCAUGAUCUUGCUGAACUCUUCCGAAUUGGUGGAAAGUGUCCAGAUACGAACUACCUGUUUAUGGGAGAUUAUGUUGACCGUGGUUACUACUCUGUCGAAACUGUCACACUUUUGGUGGCUUUAAAAGUUCGAUAUCCUCAGAGGAUCACCAUUCUCAGAGGAAACCAUGAAAGCCGACAGAUUACUCAAGUUUAUGGGUUCUAUGACGAAUGCUUAAGGAAGUAUGGAAACGCAAAUGUCUGGAAAACCUUUACAGAUCUAUUUGAUUACUUCCCCUUGACUGCAUUGGUCGAGUCAGAAAUAUUUUGCUUGCAUGGUGGAUUAUCGCCAUCCAUUGAGACCCUCGACAACAUCCGCAACUUCGAUCGCGUCCAGGAAGUUCCUCAUGAAGGUCCAAUGUGUGAUCUUCUGUGGUCUGAUCCAGACGAUCGAUGUGGUUGGGGUAUUUCUCCACGUGGUGCUGGGUAUACCUUCGGACAGGAUAUAUCAGAGCAGUUCAACCAUACCAAUAGCCUAAGGCUAAUUGCUAGAGCUCACCAAUUGGUUAUGGAGGGAUUCAAUUGGGCUCAUGAGCAAAAAGUCGUGACUAUAUUUAGUGCACCUAACUAUUGCUACCGCUGUGGGAACAUGGCAUCAAUCCUAGAAGUGGAUGAUUGCAGGGAGCAUACUUUCAUCCAGUUUGAGCCAGCCCCAAGAAGGGGAGAGCCAGAUGUAACUCGUAGGACACCUGACUAUUUCCUGUGA